AUGUGGGCUCCGGACACUGGAUGGGAAGCCAAAAAAAAUAAUAGAGAAGCAUUUGAUAAUAAGGUUAGUAACAAGAUUACGAACUUCAAAUCUUCAUCAAGAUUUGCUUACUUCUCUGGCCCUAUUCCUGAAGAAAUAGGUUACCUAAGGUCUCUUAUUUAUCUACAGUUGUACGAUAACUCUCUUAAUGGUUCUAUUCCUGCUUCAUUGGGGAAUUUGAGAAACUUGCAAGUUCUGUCUCUCAAUGACAACAAUCUGAUUGAGGAAAUUCCUUUAGCUAUUUGCAAUUUGACAUCAAUGGUAACCCUGUAUUUGUCGAGAAAUAACUUGAAAGGAAAUAUUCUGAAAUGCUUGGGUAAUAUCAGUUCCCUCCAGUAUGUGAUGAUGUCAAAUAAUAAUCUCAGUGGAGAGCUCCAUCCAGGACCUAUUCCUGAAUCUAUUUCGAAUCUCACCCGCAUAGAGUCUUUGUACCUUGAUGGUAACUCCCUGAAUGGAACAAUACCAUCAGGGAUGUUCUCCCUUCCAUCACUAAGUUAUUUAAGCUUGGGUUCUAACCAAUUUUCUGGUCAGCUUGAGGAUUUCAAGUCCAAUACACUAGUCUGGAUUCAGUUACAGGGCAAUCGGCUGCAAGGCCAUCUUCCCAAGUCAAUUCAAAACCUUGUGAACCUAAAAUAUCUUGAUCUUUCUUUCAAUAAUAUUAGUGGUAGUGUGGAUGUCAGCCUCUUUUCAGACCUCAAACAGCUUUCGUAUCUUAGUCUUUCAUACAACAGUAUCUCAUUGACUAAUGAAAAGGAAGUUAAAUCUAGUUUGCCGGACAUGGACUCAAUUCCUCUUCAAUCUGGAUAUAUUAUUGAUUUGCGGUCCAAUUUUCUUAAAGGGUCACUACCUAUUCCAGGGAAUUCCACAGCAUUUUUCUUCAUAUCAGAAAAUAAUCUUAGUGGGGAAAUUCCUUCAUCUAUUUGCAAUUUGAAAUCAGUGCAACUUCUAGAUUUGGCGAGAAACAACUUGAUGGGAGCAAUUCCACAAUGUUUCGGUAAUAUCAGUGGCCUCCUGGUUUUGGAUAUGCACAACAACAAUCUUUCUGGGACUCUUUCAAUGGCUUUUGGAAUCGUAAGUGAACUUAGAAGCCUCAACUUGCGUGGAAAUGAACUAGAGGGGAAAAUCCCUCGAUCUUUGGCCAAUUGUGAAGCGUUGCAAGUUUUUGAUUUAGGCGAUAAUCACCUAAACGACACAUUCCCCAUGUGGUUGGGAACUCUGCCAUAUCUGCAAGUUUUAAGCCUGAGAUCAAACAAGUUGCAUGGAUCUAUUAGAACUUCAAGGAUAGAAAACAUGUUUCCCCAGCUUCGCAUCAUCGAUCUCUCUUACAAUGCCUUCUCGGGAAACUUACCUACAAGUCUGUUUCAACAUCUGAAAGCCAUGAGGACAAUUGACCAAUCAUUGAAGGCACCAAGAUCAUCUUACAUAGAAUCAUAUUACCAAGAUUCUAUUACAAUUGCAACCAAGGGAAUAGAUCGUGAAAUUGUGAGAAUCUUGUAUUUGUACACCGCUCUUGAUCUUUCAAAUAAUAAAUUUAGUGGGAAAAUUCCAAGUAUUAUUGGGGAUCUCGUUGCACUUCAUGUGCUGAGUUUAUCUCAUAAUGGAUUGCAAGGUCAGAUACCAUCAUCACUUGGAAAUUUAUCUUCAAUUGAAUCAUUGGAUCUAUCCGUUAACCAACUUUCGGGUAAGAUACCACCACAACUGGCUUCUCUUACAUCUCUUGCAUUCUUAAAUCUCUCCCACAAUCAUCUCCAAGGAUGCAUCCCUCAAGGACCUCAAUUUCAUACAUUCGAGAAUAAUUCAUAUGAAGGUAAUGAUGGAUUACGCGGAUUCCCCAUUUCAAAAGGUUGUGGCAAUGAUCAGGUGUCAGAGACAAACUAUACUGAAUCUGCUCUAGACGAUGAAGAAAGCGAUUUUAAAUUUCUUAGUGACUUUUGGAAAGCUGCUCUUAUGGGGUAUGUAAGUGGACUAUGUAUUGGAUUAUCAAUAAUAUAUUUCAUGAUUUCAAAUGGAAAACCGAUAUGGCUUGCAAGAAUCAUUGUAGAGCUGGAGAACAAAAUAAUGAUGGGAAGGAGAAAGACGCAGCGAAGGCAAAGGAACAACAGAAGAAGUAAUCACCUUUAG